AUGUCUGAAAACAACUAUCUACCUUUGAUAGUGUCCAACCUGCCUUGGUUGCUUCUUGCCUUCACAGCUUUCAAGGCGCUUUCUCUGAAAUACAAGUCUGGUCUGAGCAAGCUACCAGGGCCACAGCUAGCUGCUUUUACAGAUCUGUGGCGCUUCUUUGUAGCGUGGGGUCGAAGGCCCGAGGUCGCUCACCAAGAGCUUCACGCAAAGUAUGGUGAUGCUGUCCGAAUGGGGCCGAAUAUGGUUUCGAUUUCUGAUUAUAAAGCUGUCAAGGAGGUAUACGGUUUCAAUAUUGCGUAUAUCAAAUCAGACUUUUACCCCGUGCAACGAGCUAUAGCCAAUGGGAAGGCACUGGAAUCUCUGUUCAACACGACGGAUAACAAGUUUCACGCCAAGAUCCGCCGAGCAAUUAGUAGUACAUAUGCCACUAGUACUAUUGUUCAAUUCGAACCACUGGUUGAUUCCACCAUCUCCACAUUCCUAGAUCAACUUGAUGAAAGGUACGUUGGCAAAGAUGGGGACGCUGGUAUCUGUGACUUCUCAAUAUGGCUGCACUACUUCGCGUUCGACGUAAUCGGAGAGCUUUUAUUCAAGCAACGAAUCGGCUUCUUGGAGGGUGGAACUGAUGUGGAAGGCAUCAUCUCGAACGUAGGGAAAAUCAUGUCAUACAUUUCGCUAAUUGGUCAAAUGCCUUGGCUAGAUCAUGUUUUGAUGAAGAAUCCAAUUCGAAUUUGGAUGAGUGCUCGAGGGAUUGGUCAAAAAGCUUCGCCAAUGGCCACUUUUGCUGCUAAACGCAUCGCUGAGCGCCUCGCUAUGAAGGACUCUGCAACCAUUCCAGAGGACAAGGCGACGCUUCCACCUGAUAUCCUCGACAGAUUCUUACUCUUGAAGGAGAAAGAUCCUGUGUUCUUCAAUGACACGUGGGUGCUCAGUCUCAUGGUUGGCAACGUCUUCGGAGGUUCAGAUUCAACAGCAAUCACAAUGCGAACCAUCUUCUAUCAUCUGCUCAAGUCUCCCCAUACCAUGGACGCCCUGAUGGAAGAACUCAGCGAAGUAAAAUUCUCACGUGAUGAUGGAAUUGCAACGUGGAACGAGACAAGACAACUACCCUACCUUACUGCGGUCCUUCAAGAGGCUCUCCGACUACAUCCAGCUGCUGGAUUUCAUCUCGAGCGUAUUGUACCGGCUUCGGGGUUGCAGGUUGGUCAGCACUUCCUGCCGGCAGGUACAAUAGUCGGAGCCUCCGCCUGGGUCCUACACCAGAAAGAAUCCAUGUUUGGCCCAAAAUGCCAAGAAUUCAGACCGGAAAGAUGGAUUGAGGCAAGUGAGCAAAGACGGACUGAGAUGAACAAUGCAAUGUUUGCAUUCAGUAUGGGUAGUAAAGAGUGUCUCGGAAAAGGCAUUGCUUUUCUUGAGACAUACAAGCUGAUCCCUACCAUCUUGAGAAAGUACGAGUUAAGUCUUGUAGAUCCAAAGGCAGAGUGGAAACUUGAAAAUGCCUUCUUUGUCAAUCAGACAGAUUUCUAUAUUCGGAUACAGCGACGACAUGAAGUGAAAGUAUAG